CAAUUUUGCAGAUUUCUCUUUUUGAAUCUUAAGAAAAGCAUAGAGUGGUAUUAGUCAUGUUUAUCAUGACCAGUUAGUGACUAAUUAAAAAAUCAGACUGGACUUCAAACAUGUGGAUGCCGGACCACUGUAUACAGAAAACAUAGAGAUGGAUGAACAACAUGUUGAUUGCAAGAGAAACUUUCUGUCGAGAUCUUUCUUCAAGAUAUUGAUACUCGUGGGCGUGUUGUUGUUGCUGGCAAAACAUAUUGAGAUACCUAAAGCAGUGAGAGAAACAAAAUACAUUAAUAGAACAAAUAAUCGAAGUGAUGGAGAUACGAGACCAAAAGAAACUAAAUAUUACGGGAAGGACUACGGAAGUGAUUAUAUCAAAACUAAAUAUAUAAUGCACAAGUUGUUUAAUGAAAAUGGACAAAGACUUACAGCGAAACAACGCGCAAACCUUGUCAAGGAAAGAUGUCAAACAUUUCUGAAGGAAAACAAUUUACGACUUAAUCCCAACGCAAAAUGUAGAUACGAUCGAGAAUUUAUGAGAAGUCGCAGUUAUAACUUAACAAUUUGCUACAACUGUAAAGUGGCUUCGACGAACACAAAACGCGUGCUUUACGUUCUUGACCACAACUUUACCGGUGAUAUCAACAGUCUCACAGUGCAUACGGUGGGUGAAUACGGAAGAAAAUCAUGAAUAAUUUCCAGGAAAUUAUGUCUGAGAAACAUCGUAUCAGUGUAAUGUUGGUAAGAGAACCACUAGAAAGGUUACUAUCUGCAUAUAGAGAAAGACGUGCUUACAGGAAGCACUUUAGAGACCCUUCGUUUUCAUUUAAAAAAUAUGUGCAACUUAUUUUAGACGAACAAAUGAAAAACAUAAACAGACAUAUGUAUCCGUAUUUCGAAAGGUGUCGGCCGUGUGAAAUGCAGUAUGACUUUAUUGGUCUUCAACACAAUUUUAACGAUGAUAUUAAAGCUUUGUUGCAGCACAUCGGUGCCAGUGGAAAAGUUGAUAUACCAACAAGAAAUGAAACCGGUUACACUUCUGAAUCAAGUGAUAAGCUGUUAAAACUGUAUUUUAGCAAAGUUCCAAAUGACAUUAUACAUAAAUUGUGGGAGAAAUAUUACAAAGACUAUUAUAUAUUUGGAUUUCCUUAUCCGUCACAUCUGAUGAACUGAAAAAGAUAAAAGUGGUCAAUGUUUUAUUUUUCAAGUUUCAAAUUCUGAAGAAAUAUUUCGUAACAGAAGUUGAGAUGUUGUUGUAGGGAUAAUACACGUUUUUUUUUGUAUUAACGUCUGCAGAAGCCCGCGGGAUUGUUUGUGACCGAGACCGAAGGUCGAGGUCACAAACAUAUCCCAAGGGCUUCUGCAGGCGUUAAUACACAAAACAAAUGUGUAUUGUCGCUAUUCUUGCAUAAAAAAAACAUUACACGACGACUAAAUGCAU